GGGAGUCAUGUGAUACCAAGAUGGCGGUGCCGCGGUAGCUUCCCUGGGACAGUACGGUCCUAGGAGCCGCGACAGUUUCUGCCCUUAGGUCGUGAGGAGACUCAUUUGACUGGUUCUGCGGUAGCCCGUGGCGAGGAUUAAUGACCUGAUCAGAGCUGGGACUGUUGAUGUCGCCGGUAGGUUCCGGGGAGUGCUGGUGACUUAGGUUCAGGAACCUGGCGCCGGCCGGGCAAACGCUGGAGAAUGGCCAGCCUCCGUCAUCUGGACCUGCAGCUUGGGAGUUCAUGAGGCUUCCCCAGGGCCUCACAGGUUCCAAACCUCGAGAGUCUGCGACAAUUCCAGUUCUUCGUUGUGUGAGAGAGAGGGAAGUUUAGGAUCCCCGGAAGUGCAAAGAAGGCCGUUCCAAGAACUUCGCUUUCUCAUCCAGAGGCCUGACUCCCCCGCCGACUAACCCUGCAUUAUUUUCCAUUUCCUCUCAAUGUGCUCGCCAUAUUUCAGGAAAUAUGAUCAGCGCCCCUGAUGUGGUGGCCUUCACCAAGGAAGACGAAUAUGAGGAAGAACCUUACAAUGAGCCCGCUUUGCCUGAGGAGUACUCUGUCCCUCUCUUUCCUUAUGCCAGCCAGGGAGCAAACCCCUGGUCUAAACUGUCUGGGGCCAAGUUCUCCAGGGACUUCAUCCUCAUUUCCGAGUUCUCUGAGCAGGUGGGACCCCAGCCUUUGCUUACCAUCCCCAAUGACACCAAGGUUUUUGGCACUUUUGAUCUUAAUUACUUCUCUUUGCGGAUUAUGUCGGUAGAUUACCAGGCUUCGUUCGUAGGCCAUCCCCCUGGUUCUGCCUACCCCAAGUUGAACUUUGUGGAAGACUCUAAAGUGGUACUGGGAGAUUCUAAGGAAGGGGCCUUUGCAUAUGUGCACCACCUUACCUUGUAUGACCUGGAGGCCAGGGGCUUUGUGAGGCCCUUUUGUAUGGCUUAUAUCUCUGCAGACCAGCAUAAAAUCAUGCAACAGUUCCAAGAGCUUUCGGCCGAAUUUUCCAAAGCAUCUGAGUGCUUGAAGAUGGGCAACAGGAAGGCAUUCGCUGGGGAACUUGAAAAAAAGCUGAAAGACUUGGAUUACACGAGGACAGUGCUACACACAGAAACCGAGAUCCAGAAGAAAGCCAAUGACAAGGGUUUUUAUUCUUCUCAGGCAAUUGAGAAAGCCAAUGAACUGGCCAAUGUGGAGAAGUCCAUCAUUGAACAUCAAGAUUUGCUGAGGCAGAUCCGCUCAUACCCUCGUCAGAAGAUGAAGAUACCUGACUUGCAUACUGGUGAUACAGAGCAUACCCAGGAUCAGGCUGACCAGGUAUCCACUACCUCUAAUCCUGAGGAGUCUGCUAAUGCAGACCUUUAUACCUGCAGACCGGCUUACACCCCCAAACUCAUCAAAGCAAAGUCCACCAAGUGUUUUGACAAGAAGUUGAAGACCUUGGAGGAACUCUGUGACACUGAGUAUUUCACUCAGACCCUGGCCCAGCUUAGCCACAUUGAACACAUGUUCAGAGGAGACCUGUGCUACCUCCUGACCAGUCAGAUUGACAGAGAGCUUCGAAAACAACAACCCAUAACGAAUUUCCUCUUUGAAGAUUUUGUAGAGGUGGAUGACAGGAUGGAGAAGCAAGAGAAUGUGCCCUCUCAGCCUAGUCAGGACAGGCUGCCUCCCAAGCCUGUAGAAGAAUGCCCCAUUCCUAAAGUGUUAAUUAGUGUUGGCUCUUACAAGUCCAGUGUGGAGUCUGUAUUGAUCAAGAUGGAGCAGGAACUGGGAGAUGAAGAGUACAAGGAAGUGGAUGCAACAGAGGCACGUGGUUUUGACCCCCAAGAGAACCUGGACUACCUGGAUAUGGACAUGAAAGGGAGCAUCAGUAGUGGGGAAAGCAUCGAGGUUCUGGGCACCGAGAAGUCAGCCUCUGUGUUGUCGAAAUCUGACAGCCAGGCCAGCCUCACCGUGCCAUUGAGCCCCCAUGUAGUCCGUAGCAAAGCGGUCAGCCACAGGACAAUCAGCGAGGACAGCAUUGAAGUCUUAAGCACCUGCCCUUCUGAGGCCCUCAUUCCUGACGACUUUAAGGCCAGCUACCCAAGUGCCAUUAAUGAAGAAGAAGCCUAUGCGGAUAAUGAGGGGGCCAUCCAUUUCCGGGCAAGUGCCAGCUCACCAGAACUGGAUGAGACUCAGGAGGGCAACUUGGAAAAUAUCCCAUCCCAAAUAGACUCCAGCUGCUGUAUUGGAAAAGAGAGUGAAGGCCAAUUGGUGCCUCUCCCAACCCCAGCCUACACUCUUUCUGAUGAGGAUGGUGUAGUGAGCAUUCCCCCACAGCGCUACAUUCAGAAGGACCAGGGGCUCCACGUGGACUUUGGAAUGGAAAACACUGACCCUUCUCCCCGAGACAACAGUUGUGAAAUGUUCCCAGCUUAUGAGCUGGAUCCAAGCUGCCUUCUGGCUAGCCGAGAUGUUAGUAAGAUGAGCCUGGAUAACUACUCGGAUACCACUAGCUACAUGGGCAGUGUGGCCUCUGCCAGCUCGGACAGAAUCCCCUCUGUACCUCCUGCUGGCCUAUCCUCUGAGAGGCACAAAAAGAGAGCUGGCCAGAAUGCCUUAAAAUUCAUCCGCCAGUACCCUUUUGCCCACCCAGCCAUUUACUCCCUGCUCAGUGGGAGGACACUUGUGGUCCUUGGUGAAGAUGAAACCAUAGUCAGGAAGCUGGUAACUGCACUGUCCAUCUUUGUUCCCAACUAUGGCUGCUAUGCCAAGCCGGUGAAGCACUGGAUUUCUUCCCCUUUGCAUAUUAUGGAUUUUCAGAAGUGGAAGCUUAUUGGCCUACAAAGAGUGGCCUCUCCUGCCAAUGUGGGUACCCUCCAUACCCUGAGCCGUUACAGCCGCUAUACAAGCAUCCUGGACCUGGACAGCAAGACCCUACGCUGUCCCCUGUACAGGGGCACACUGGUACCCCGCCUGGCUGACCAUCGCACUCAGAUCAAGCGGGGCAGCACAUACUACCUUCACGUCCAGAGCAUGCUCACCCAGCUCUGCUCCAAGGCAUUCCUCUACACCUUUUGCCACCACUUGCAUCUGCCCGCCCACAGUGAGGAGACACAAGAAGCAGUGGCCAGCAGACAAACCAGCUUCCUAAAGCUAACCCUGGGACUCGUGAAUGAGGACGUCAGAGUGGUCCAGUACCUGGCUGAGCUGUUGAAACUACAUUAUAUGCAGGAGUCACCCGGGGCCACUCACCCACUGCUCAGGUUUGACUACGUCCCCAGCUUUUUGUACAAAAUCUAAGGGUUCCAGCCACUGUGACCAAGACCUGUGACUCAGGGCAUGGGGAGCGAGAAGGGUUGGUGUGACUAAAUGGUUGCCUGA